AGUAAAAUCAACUUUCAUGUUAUUAAAAAAAAAUACAGUAAUAUGUUACUGCCGUAGGUUCCACCCAGAAGAAGCCAGUCCCAUAAGCUCUUAUCUGCUUCUGCUCUAAGCAAAACAAGUAAAUUAUUGAAGAUAGAAACACUGCACAUUGUUCUCUGUCUCUCCGUUGCCAUUUAGAGGAAUCAAGGGUUUCAUACGACUGUUUAUAUAGGAUUUUGAAACCUCUGUGAGACUGAUAAAGCAUUUACUGAGUUAAACGGUAUGAGUGCUGCUUUGGAACUAACGGGAUUCCUGCUGAGCUUGGCAGGAUGGUUUAUUACUGGAGCUUGCAUUUCAAAUGAUUACUGGAAGGUGUCUACCACUAAAGGGUCUGUCAUCACAACAUCUCGAAUCUAUGAAAGCAUAUGGAAAAGCUGUGCCACGGACAGCACAGGCCUAACAAACUGCAAGAACUUCGAGUCGAUGUUGGCUUUAUCUGGUUAUAUACAAGCGUGUCGUGCCUUGAUGAUUGUAUCACUUAUUGUUGGGAUUCUUGGCAUCAUUCUGGGAGUGCUGGGCAUGAAGUGCACAAACAUUGGAAACAGCAGUGAAGACACCAAAGGGAAGAUUGCCUUGACAGGAGGCAUAGGGUUUAUUGUGGCAGGUCUUUCCUCCUUGGUUGCAGUUUCCUGGUAUGCAUCAAGAGUGACUGCGGAUUUCUACAACCCAAAUUACGCUGGGAUUAAGUAUGAACUUGGGACAGCCCUUUACCUUGGCUGGGCUGGAGAUCUCCUCCUCAUAUUAGGUGGAUCAUUCCUGUGCUGUUCUUGUAAAAGACCCACAAAGUCAAAGCACAGCAAGGGGUACAACUAUGACUACAAACCGGCACAGCAUGUUCCAUCCCAAAUUUAUAACAAACCGGCAAGACAGUUCGAUGAGUCAGAAAAGGCCUACGUUUAAAGCUGCCAGAACUCCUACAUCCCUGUUGUUGUUACUUACAUCUUUGAUAAUGUGAAUACAGUACUCACUGGGAAAAAAACAUUAUAUCAGCCUGAAACAUGUCAAUCCAUUUAAAAGCAACACCCACUGGUUUACUACAAGUUCCCAUUUUCCAAUUGCCUAAUUCAUGUCAUAUUAGUGAUUGGAUGUUUAUCUUUAAUAUUAACAACAACUACUAUUGAUGAAUGAUGGCUUCUCAAUAUUUUCCACUCCCCUUUAAUAUAUGGCUGAGACAGAACUGUAACAUCCAGAGUAUGAAUUUCAAAAGGACAUGUUAUGACUGUCAUAAUGUUGCUUCUCUGCACCUAGCUCAGCCAUAUGUCACUUAAACAAGGCAAAAAACACUCAGAAUGAAGGUUGUGGAAAUCCACAAUGAAGAUCCUGUCUUUCAACUUUUAUGUAUAAGAUCAUCAUUUUUCAAAGCUAUUGUCCACCAGUACAAUGCAAAUUAGUCGUUUGUGGAUUAGGAGUGCAUUAAAUGUCAUAUUAAGUG